GGAAAUUUGUCGUUUUUGGGGUUGCAACGUUUUGCGUCGCGUAAUCGCAGUGAUUUAGCGUCUCUGAAUCGCAAAGAAAUACAACAAUUUGAUUACCAAUUCCAAGUGUUACACCAAGCAAAGCUAACAUGAUAAUUUAACUCGAGUUAAACAAGAAUAAAGACAUUUACCGCAUUUCAUUGACAGCUGAAUAGAAAAUACAAGUGCAAAGUACAUAAAAGAACAUUAACAACAAAAACAACUACAGCUACUGAAAUGUCACCAUUUAUGGAAAAAACGUUGCUGUUGUUAGGCGUGCUGUGCUGCAUACAAGUUUCAACGGCACUUAUGUGCUAUGACUGCAACAGCGAGUACGAUCCACGUUGCGGUGAUCCCUUUCAGCCUUACUCCAUCGGCGAGGUGAACUGCAGCAAACAGGAGCCUUUGGAGCACCUGAAGGACAAAUACAAGCCCAUACUGUGCCGCAAGACUGUUCAGAAGAUUUAUGGCAAGACUCGCAUUGUGCGCGGCUGUGGCUAUAUACCCGAUGAGCGCACCGACAAGGAGUGCAUAAGGCGUUCGGGCACCCACGAUGUYUCCGCCACCUACUGCGCCUGCACCCAGGAGUUGUGCAAUGGCGCCACUGCCAUUGGUUCAUCGCAGAUGCCUUUGCUGUUCGCCCUGGCCACUGGGUUCGCGAUCCUCAUGACCAGUGUUAGCAUAAGAGUCGAGAGAUCGUAAAUAUUCCCCGAAUCUAAAUUCGUAUUAUUCUAGUUUGAGUUCACGUGGGCAUUUUUCGUUUAAUAAAUGGCAAUCCACCUCGAUGGCCAGUUAAUUAAGUUGCAUAGUUUAAUUUAAUUUAAUUAAUUAUACAUGUGUUCGUAAGCGUAAAGUGGAAAAAACAUUUACCAAAGAAAAUUUAACAAACAAAAAUCUCUCUGUACUUUGUUGGGCUCAUUUCUAAAAACAUGCAUAUAAAGAGUACCUCUAAUGAUGUAAAUGUAAAAUUAACACAAAUAAACAAAA